GAAGUACGCAUCGGUAGAGAAGCCACUAAGGAACUGGAUGUUGCUUGUGCUAUCUUACUUAGCCUUGAGUUGAGACUGAUGAAAAAGUUUUGUCUCUUUUUCUGUUUCUACAAUAUUGCAUACACAUUUGUUGUGGCUGCAGCUCCCGCGACAGUGAAGGUAACUGCACAGACAGCUUUUCCUUGGAAUUCUCAUUACCUUCCAAGUGCUUUGACUGCUGAAAAAUGUACUGGAGACAAAACGCUAGGUUUCUUUUAACUUUGACACUGGCCUUGCAGAGCAUUCACUUUGGAAAAGGCUACAGAGAAAAGGGGAACAAACGUGAUACUGGAGAAAAUGUUGGUGCAACUGUCCAAAAACCUUAUGCCAAGGACCAAGCUACAGCAUUAAAUGUCUUCAAUGACAUGAAUAGGAUCCAUGAGAGCAAAAAGCAACUGAACUCUAGACCAAUGGUGCCUUUCACUGGUCUUACAGAUAGUAAAACGCUGGACCGGCACUGCUGUCAAAAUGGAGGGACUUGCAUCCUGGGCAGCUUUUGUGCAUGCCCUAAACACUUCACUGGCAGAUACUGUGAGCAUGACGAACGCAAGAGCAAGUGCGGCCCAUUCGCACAUGGAGAAUGGAUACGGAAGGCUUGCCAGCUCUGUCGGUGUGGCUAUGGUGUCCUUCACUGUCUCUCUGAAGAAAUACAAAACUGUGCUUUUAGAGAGGAAGAGGAAUUUAUCCAUUUACUUUCAAACUGCCCAAGAAUACAGCAAACAAUGUGCUUUCUUGUUCUCCCACUGGGCUACUUCUUCACAUUCUUUUGCACCAAGCUCUUUUACCCACUGUGAAAGAUUCCCUUAUUAGGACUGGAGGGAUUUACCUUUUUCUUCACCUGGCAGGAAAACUAGAGGUUGAAGGAGAAAAGGGAUUCUCCUGUCUCAGCGUUUCCUCUACUUAUUAAGCUGUGUGACAGGAUUGUUUACAGAUUUUGAACGUUGCCAUGUGUAUUAUUUUUGAAGCAGUUCUACUACAGAUCCAGCAUGACCUACCUCAUCUUUUUACUGCUUACAUACCCAUUUGAAGACAAGACUGAGAGUAGAAGCAAAUGGGGCGAGAAACGACAAUUUUGCUCCCAAUAUAUAUGUCCUGGAAGCAGGAUACUUUGGCUGUGUAGGGAGUACAAAGACUGCUACAUUUUGACAGGACGACAUUAUUUACUCUGGAACCAAGAAUCACUUGCACUGCUCCCUUUAACACUGACUUAGAACACCAAGAACUACAAGAUGUUGGAGCUGCCAGUAGUAACAUCCUUUCUAAAAUAGUAGCUCUGCAUUAGCCAGCAGCUCUCUCGGAAACUAGUCCCAGGAUAAAGCAGUGCUAAAAUACUAAUGUGAAAUGCUUGCUCAUGAAAAGCACUGCAUUGCGUGAAUGCCAAAUCUUAUUACUUCUGUUUGAAUAUGAUUUAAGCAGUUCUUUAUGUCUGAAGUACUGACUCUUCCAGUGGAAGAAAAAUGUAUAUGUUCUGUGACUUAACUAUUGUGUAUAUUCUGAAAUGAUAAAUAUUUUUAAAGAGAAUAACUUGCAUGUGUUAGAAGUGCCCUUUUUCCCCCACUCCAAAUCAUAAUAUUUCUGAAAUUGUCAGACAUGUUUUAGGUCAAGUGAUAUGUGCUGCCACUCUACUAAUUUGUUUACACUUCUGAGCCUUGAUUCAGUGUAAACAGCCAUUAAAAAAUUAUAUUAAAGACUACAUGUGUGCAUGGCUCAUCAGUCAUGUGCAUCAGCUGUCCAUGGGCAUAUUGCUUAUAUAAGCUUCCAGUAUAGUUAUAUGAAAAUAUCUAUAUGAUGUGAGUCCCAUGGCAGGCAGGUCACAUGUUCGGCUUUUAAUGCACAUAUACAGUUCAUGCAUAGAAGUAUCAAAGAAUAAUCCUGUGUCCAGACCUACACGCUUGAUUUUAUUUGUUUUGUCCUACACCAUCCCAGUUCUAAUCGUCAUGUAUUCUUCAUACAUGCAUGUACUUAUUUAAAAAAAUCAUAAUAAACGCAAACAUUGUGCAA